AUUCUUUGUUUUCAGAUUAUCCGUAUGAGAGCAACAGUCCGCAAGGCACGUGUUGGUGUCAUUUGGAAGAUUACCAAACAAGCAAAACUCUUUAAAAACCGAAAACAUGGGGAUGAGAAAACCCUCCAGAAAUGUAAAAAAAAAUCGGAGAAAUUAAUAAGAGAAAUAAAAGCAAUCAAAAGCCUCAAGGACGAUGAUAUCGCAAAAUUCGCGAUUCUCAAUACGAGGAGUCUUGAUGAAGUACUCAGAAAUUCCAAAAUUGAUAGAAAGACUCGAGUAAUGACGAAAUUGGCAUAUCACAAGGUUUUGAAAGUUGCAGUUGAUAAAUUUAAGGAGAAAUUCCCGCAUUAUCAAUUAGGAAAGAGACAAUUAGCGAAUAAUAAAUUAACAGAAUCUUUGGGAAUAAAAGCUCUUCCUUGUAAACUUAAAAUAAAAUAUCUAGGAGAAAAAGAUCAGGGAAUAAAAUCAGAUAAUGCUAAUGAUAAUUGCAAUAAAAAUGGAAAUUGCGAAGAUGAUGAAAGAUCUGCGGAAGAGACAUCCUUAGUGUCAAGUGAUUAUUCUGAAAAUUGUGAUAAAGAAUUAAUUUUAAGUACAGAAAGUGAAGAAGAAACUCCAGCAUUUGAAAAACAUGGAAUCAAACGUAAAAAAUCUUUACCUUCAAUAGAAAAUCGAAAACUAGCAUUGAAAAAGGCCGAAAAUCGAAAAUUUGGUAAAGGAAAAAUGAAUUCAUCUUCCUACUGUAAUUCAGUAACAUCAAAUAUCGUAGAAGAAACUCCCGAGCAAAUCCCUUCAACCCCUUUGAAACAAUUUCCAAAACCCUCCAAGAAUUAUGAAGAAUCGCUCUCGAAGGAUUCGUCUAAUAGUAGUUUAACACCAGAACUUAAAAAAUCUCCGGAAAAAUCUCGAAAAAGUAGACCAGUGAGUAAACUUGCUUCGGUAAAACGUCUGAAAGUCGGUGAGUCCCUCGAAGAAAUCGAUGGAAUAUCAGAAAAUUAUAACUUACCUCUUCUCGAGCAUAAAGAUGAGUUGGACACAGUAGAGGACUCUUUCUUCAUAUCUGCAACACCCGAAGGGGUUUACAAGUCCAUAAUCGUCCCUCGACCAAACUCAGGAACCGCGGGAGAUGAGAAUUCUCACAAUCGAUUCAAAGAAUCAUCCUCGAGGACACAAAGAAGUGCCCAUUCUUCUGAUCGCAGUCUGGAAAUAUCUGGCUUUCAAAAGUAUCACAAAGUGCGGCAAAAUGAUUUUGAAAGGCGUAGAACAGACUUUUCUGGGAUACAAGGCUCAUUAAAGGACAGUUCUGGGAUAGAGUUUAGAAGAGAUAAGAAAUUUGAUAAUACGAAGGGUAAAAAUAUGACCGGAAAGGAGGAUUAUAGUGAAAAUUUGCACCCAUCUUGGAUCGCCAGGAAAAAACAGCAAGAGAUCUGGAAACAGGGAUUUCAGGGGAAAAAAACCGUGUUCUGUGUUGAUUAAGGAAAUUUAUGUCUUUACAUUAUGUGACGUUUUCGGAAAAAAAUUAAUUUGAUUGAAUAAGUUAAUAAAACAAACAAUGAAUCGCUGUAACAUUUAUUUUUGUAUUCCUUUAUUUUUCUAUUCAUUCGAUGGAUAUGACUAUGCCAUUAAAGGCCUCUGUGCCCACCCGUGACUUUACUACAUUGAUUAUUAUUCAGGGGAGAAUGCACUUGUCACUGAUGUAUGUUUUUUUCAUUGUUAAUACAUAGAUGCGUUUUUUGUAGUUUUCA